AUGUCAAAAUAUGCCUUCAAGGCCAUCACAGCCGCCAAUAUCAUGUCCGUAGGACUUAAGGGCAAGAACUGUGCUGUCGUCUUGUCGCAAAAGAAGGUUCCCCGUGCGCAGUCAGAAGCGGCCGAGUUCAGAUACAAGUAUGGCUAUGAGAUGCCUGCCGAUGCGCUUGCGAAGAGGCUCGCGAAUAUCAGCCAGGUUUAUACCCAGAGAGCGAUGAUGAGGCCUUAUGGCGUCGCUACCACGUUGAUUGCACUGGAUGAAGAGUACGGCCCCCAGUUGUUCAAGUGCGAUCCUGCUGGGUACUUUGUAGGAUAUAAAGGCGUAGCAGCGGGUCCCAAACAGCAGGAAGCGCUCAACCACCUCGAAAAGAAGCUCAGGAACAAGGACGCAGCGCCAGGAUCGUGGGAGGACGUUGUCGAGCUCGCCAUCACCACACUCAGCACCGUCCUAAGCAUGGACUUCAAGAAGACGGAGAUUGAGAUUGGCAUUGUGGGAGGACCACGAGCCGAUGGUAAGGAGGGAACCGAGCCUAGGUUUAGGACGCUGACCGAGGAGGAAAUCGAUGAGAGGCUACAAGCCAUUGCGGAGAAGGAUUAA